AUGGCUGCGCCCAAGAUUAUCGUCCUGGGUAGCCUUGAUGGCCAGCUUGAAUCGGUGUUCAAGAAGCUGGCAACGCUGCAUGCCAAGAACCAAUUCUCUCUAGCGAUUCUCACGGGAGAUGCAUUCACUGCCGAUUCCGACGACGCAACGAUUUCCGCUUUGUUAAACGGAUCCAUCGAGGUUCCUCUCCCCACCUACUUCACCGUCGGCACCCAUCCACUGCCACCACAAAUCGCUGCGAAAGUAGAGGCCGAUGAAGAGAUAUGCCCCAAUCUUCACUAUCUGGGGAAGCGCAGUAUAACAAAGACUUCGGAUGGGAUCAGAAUCGUAACGCUCGGCGGAGUCCUUGACCCGAACCUAGUGGGAGGACAAUCGGCAGAGCAGCAUUUGCCCUUCCAUACGUCGGGCGAUGCAAAAGCUUUGCGCGGCGCCAACAACACCGAUAUCUUGCUGACAAGCAUAUGGCCUGCGAAAGUUUGGACCGGGUCUAAAUUGGUGCUCGAGCCUGCCGAUCAAGCUGCUGUGAGCAGUUCCGAGGAUAUUGCAGACCUCUGCGCUGCGUUGAAGCCCCGAUACCAUUUGUCGGCUUCUCCAGGAGCAUUCUUCUAUGAAAGAGAGGCCUUUGUUCAUCAGUCCGAAAAAGAUCCAAACAUCAUUUCUACUACACGAUUCAUCUCAAUGGCUCCAUAUGGCAAUGACAAGAAGGCGAAAGCCAUGUAUGCGUUUACUCUCAACACAGCCGAUAAUACGGUGCCUCCUGGCGCUACGGCGUCGCCAUUCACAUCCAAAGCCACCAACAAACGUGGAAGGCAAGACGAAGGUUACAGUCGGUUCGGUCAUCGCGACGAUGGUCACCACGGCAGACAUAAACGUAAUCGUCGUGUCUCGCCACCGCCGGGUCCUGACCGGUGCUAUUUCUGUUUAUCGAACCCCAACAUCUCAUCCCACAUGUGCUGUAGCAUCGGAGACGAAGCCUAUAUUACUACCGCAAAAGGUCCUCUACCAACUUCCACGACAUUCAAGGAGCAGGGUCUGAACUUCCCUGGCCAUUUCAUUAUUAUCCCAUUACCACAUUCCCCAACCAUUGCAAGCAUGGGUAGCACAGCAGAUCCUACAAGCGAUGCGGUCAAGACGUACAACGAAAUGACACGGUUUAAAGAAUCUAUACAAGCCAUGGUUGCUUCCAAAAGUUCACACAAGUUCGGCGUUGUCGCUUGGGAGAUUAGCCGGGACCGCAACGUCCACUUGAUAUGGCAGCUCGUUGCUGUGCCCGCCGACAUCAUCCAAAAGGGCCUUGCCGAAGCAGCCUUCCGCGUCGAGGCAGAAAACUUGAAAUACCCAGCCUUCACAACCAAAGACAUCGCCGUCGAAGACUUGGCUACUGCCGGCGACUUCUUCCGCGUCUGGUUCUGGGCAGAUAACGGAGAGGAUAAGAUUAAGGGCAAAUCCCUCGUUAUGCCGCUCGCCUCUGACGCGCGCUUUGAUUUGCAAUUUGGGCGUAGAGUUCUCGCGAAGCUUAUGGGCUUGGAGGACAGACUCAGCUGGCAGAACUGCGAGCAGACUGUGGAAGAGGAGACCAAGGAUGUUGAAGCUUUCCGAGAGGCGUUUAAAGAAUGGGAUUUUACUCUGUAG